CACGAUCAACCAAUCAGAGCGGCGAGUUGUAAAAACGGACCAAUCAGAGCGCGAGCUGUAGGUGUUCCGCUUUCCCUGCAAUCUCUCGCUGAUCUGACUUCAGAUUGAGAGAAUUCAAGAUGGCCGCCGCCUCAGGCUCCAGGUGAGGGCGCCACUCUGUUCUACUCUCUCUCUCUCUCUCUCUCUCUCUCUCUCUCCCUCUCUCUCUUGCGGCUGACUGAAGCUCAGUGCUGCAUCCUCCCUGUCUCUGCUUCCCCGUGGAGACGCCAUGUCCUCCACGUCGUCCUGCUCCUCGUCGGGGGAGACGAGCCCGGAGGACGUUCCCCGAGGAGGAGGAACCAUCCGUGUCUACCUCCCCAACAAACAGCGCACAGUGGUGAACGUGCGUCCAGGUCAGACGGUGCACGACAGUCUGGACAAAGCGCUCAAGGUGCGAGGCCUCACUCAGGACUGUUGCGCCGUUUUCCGCCUCCUCGAAGGUCGUAAAAGGCUGACAGAAUGGAACACUGACAUCACACCCCUCGUCGGAGAGGAGCUUCUUGUCGAGGUUUUGGACGACGUCCCCCUCACCAUGCACAACUUCGUUCGUAAAACCUUCUUUAAGUUAGCGUACUGUGACUUCUGCCACAAGUUCCUGUUUAACGGCUUCCGGUGUCAGACGUGCGGCUACAAGUUCCACCAGCACUGCAGCAGCAAAGUGCCCACAGUCUGCGUGGACAUGGACACCAUGAAACGGUAUGCAGGAGAUUGUGCAACAGUCACUGGUGAAGUUGUGUCCGAUCCUAUUCCCGCUGGCAUCCCUUUAACCCCUGAGCCUGCUGGUUCAGCGCUGCUCUCGCCAGCCUCGGCGUUCCACUUCCCCAUGCCGGGAGGGGACGGUCAGUCUCUGCAGAGGCUUCGCUCCACCUCAACCCCCAACGUCCACAUGGUCAGCACGCUGGGGCCUGGAGCGGCCAGCGUCAUCGAGGAGGCAUUAAAAUCCAACAGCCCAAUGGGACCAGAAUCCUCUCCCAAACCCUCGACUAGUCCACCUCACCUUGGCUCUCCGGGUCGAAAACCACCCAAAUCGCCCCCGGAGCGCAAACCGGCCCCCAUCCUUGACGGAAAAAAGGAAAGGAAUCAGCGUUACAGAGACUCGAGCUACUACUGGGAAGUGCCGUCGCACCAAGUGACCAUGCAGAAGCGCAUCGGCGCCGGCUCCUUUGGCACCGUCUUCAAGGGCAAGUGGCACGGAGACGUGGCCAUCAAGAUCCUGAAGGUGACAGAGCCGACGCCGGAGCAGCUGCAGGCCUUCAGGAAUGAAAUGCAGGUCCUGCGGAAGACGCGCCACGUCAACAUCCUGCUGUUCAUGGGCUUCAUGACGAAGCCGCACUUCGCCAUAAUCACGCAGUGGUGCGAAGGCAGCAGCCUUUACCGCCACCUGCACGUCACCGAGACCAAAUUCGACACCAUGAGGCGCAUCGACGUGGCGCGCCAGACGGCGCAGGGCAUGGACUACCUUCACGCCAAGAACAUCAUUCAUCGGGACCUGAAAUCUAAUAAUAUCUUCCUGCACGAGGGUUGGACGGUGAAGAUCGGCGACUUCGGCUUGGCCACGGUGAAGUCUCGCUGGAGCGGCUCGCAGCAGGUGGAGCAGCCCAGCGGAUCCAUACUCUGGAUGGCUCCGGAGGUGAUCCGCAUGCAGGACCCGAACCCUUACACCUUCCAGUCGGACGUGUACGGCUACGGCGUGGUGCUGUUCGAGCUCAUGUCCGGCACGCUGCCUUACUCCAAUAUCAACAACCGCGACCAGAUCAUUUUCAUGGUGGGUCGAGGCUACCUGUCACCAGACCUCAGCAAGCUGUACAGUAACUGCCCCAAGUCCAUGAAACGUCUCAUCAUUGACUGUCUGAAAUUCAAACAGGACGAAAGGCCGCUCUUUCCUCAGAUCCUGGUGUCCAUCGAGCAGGUGCAGGAUCUCUUGCCCAAGAUCGAGCGCAGCGCCUCGGAGCCAUCGCUGCACCGCGCCGUUCACGCUGAGGACCUGAACCCGCUGCUGCUGCACACCACACGCCUCCUGCCUCUGUGAAACCAGAAGAUUCUGCACAAGAUUCUGUCCUCCGCACUCACUACACACUCACACACACACUCUCUCUCUCUCACACACACACACACACACACAUUCCUGCUGUGCAUUCCUUGUCUCCUUAACGCAUCAGCAAAACUUUCCAGUCAUUCCAGUCAUUUCUCCGUGUGAACAAACGGUCCUCUGAUACGAUUUAUUCAUAUUUUAUUCUUCCCUUUUGCAACCCGAGAGCAUUUAUUUUUACUCUGAAAUCCGUCACAAACUCGAUUCGAUUGUGGCCACAUUCGCAGACGUAGAGAAACCUAAAGCGUUUCUGAGUUAUAGUGAUAUUUCCGUUAUGGGGAUUUUGAUCACAUUUCUAAUUAAACUCAUUUCAUUCAUGUUUAGAUGCGGGAUUGCGAACGUCCGAUUCUGCGUUUAGAAACACCAGUCGGUUUGCACUUUAAUAUUAGAAAUCCAUACACGACGAGCGAACACUACACGUUUUCUAAAGCACCAGUACCUUCCUGUCAUGACUUAGACAUGUUUAAAAAAAUUGCACUCCUUCCCUUAAGCUAAGGCUUGAUCAAGGCGGCUUCGUUAGCGUAGUCAGUUAUGCAGUUUAUUCCAGUAAUCAGCAUGUACCGUUGUGUUACCAUGGUAACAGAGCAUUUAAUCCUUGCACGUUUUAAAACCUUGGGACCAAGCAGCCAGAAAUCAGUUUUUGUAACAAGGAGGAACGGGGGAAACGGAGCAGGUGGAAUGAGGUUCCUGCAGAUAAACCUUUCUUAGUCGCAGACUCGCCAUCCUCUUAGGUGUUUUAUAGGUAGCCGAGAGUUUUCACCGUAUUACAGUAAAGAGCAAAUUCCAUUCAGAAUGCACACAUCACGUAACUAGCUAUGUACAAUUGUUUGUGCUGCCAUGGCAACCGGCAGUUAGCUACAGAUAGGAACGCCCCUUAUAGAGACCAGUGUUAAAUGACGUGAGGUUAGGAACGGACGCCGCUUUUCUUUGUUCGGUUCUUUGCAUGCUGUCUAAUCAAACAAGGGAGCAGGUUAGAAAACAGGAAGUAGUUAUGUGUGAAAAUUUUACCGUAUCCCUCCCUCAGAAAACCUGUUCUACAUAGCGACGAUAUAUCGGCAUGAUGGUUUACGAAGAAAUUCUGAAGGAUAAAAGCGAUCCUCUUGGGAACAUGUUCUAGCAAAAUAGCAACCACCUUAGCAACACCCUAGCAAGCACAUGGAAUACCAUAGCAACCACUUUAGCAACAACCUUGCAACACCCUAGCAAACACCUGGGAUGUCAUAGCAACCAUCUAGCAACAACCUUGCAACACACUAGCAAACACUUGGAAUGCCAUAGCAACCAUCUAGCAACAACCUUGCAACACACUAGCAAACACCUGGGAUGCCAUAGCAACCAUCUAGCAACAACCUUACAACACACUAGCAAACACCUGGGAUGCCAUAGCAACCAUCUAGCAACAACCUUGCAACACCCUAGCAAACACCUGGGAUGCCAUGAUAAGCUUCGCAAGUAAUUUUAAUUUAUUUUUUUUUUGAGGAAAUGCACGUUGCUAGUGAACGUGUAGCUGUAGACAGAUAACGCAGGGUAACAUCAGUUAACGAGAAACGCAGAGAAAAAAAUCUUUAUGGCCAGCAGGGUAUCAGCGAGUCAUCAGCAGUGUGUCCGGGUGAUGAUUUUUCAGUUAGCAGCGUGUACAGUGUGUUUCACGGGCUUGGCAGUCUAGCCGAGUACAUUCCAGUUCAAUCUGGACUGUGAAGCGGCACAGCGUGGUGGCGCAGGAGCGCAGAUGGCUGCAGUGAGUAAUCACGUAGUGUGUGUGUUCUAUAGUGCUGGUGUAUCCGCAGAUGGGAAAAGAACUAGACAUUUGUUAGCGACGGUAUGUGUGUGUGUGUGUGUGUACAGUCAGCUCCAGAAUUAUUGGCACCCUCGGUAAAGACAGAUUUAAAAAGAAAGGUUGUGAUAUAAUGUUUUUGUGGUUAAUCUCAGUGUGAAAGAAAUCGAAACUUUAUUUAUUUAUUUAUUUAUACAUGUUCUUUACGCUGGGCAGCGAUACUGUCCUGGGAACGCUAGAGGUGAGACGGGAAUACAUCCUGGGCACCAUCCGUGUACACUCACUCACACCUACAGGCAUUUUAGCGUGGCCAGUUCAUGUACCUACCUGUUUUUGGGAGGUGGGAGGAAACCUGAGAACCCAGAGGAAACCCCACACAGACACAGGCAGAACAUGCACAACUCCACACAGACAGUCACCUGAGCUCAGGAUUGAACCCCCUGGGACCAAAUUCUGACCUUUUAAAUUGAAGUAAAAUAAAAUAUCAAUUAUUGGCACCCCUUUUCUCAUGAACAGAAUAUAAUUGAUGUAAAGUUCUCGUUUGUAUAUCACCUUCUUAAGUUCACCUGAGUGUUUAGGAACUCUUAAGCGAUCAUCCCUGACUUCCUGUUUUACUGGGGUAUAAAUACAAGGUGACACAAACCACAUUUCUGUCAUGCCAAUAAUUCUAGAGCUAAGGUUUGUACUUUCAUAUCGAACUCUUCUUUUCUGAGCAGAACUUUUUCAGUAGUUGGCUGCGUUUAGGUUGGUGGUUUGCUUAGUUAAUUUUGCUGAACUAGAACUUGAUGUACUCUAUGUACAAUUUUUGGUGAAAAAAGGCAAGCGGUGAUGUAGGGAAAGCGUGAUUGUGCAUAUUUGAAUAUUGCGAUAUAUCUAACCGAUUUACAACACAAAUUGUAUCGUGUGUAAGAUGUGCAGGUUCGUAGGAAUUGUAAUGAACGAGAAUUAUUUUGUACGUAUGAAGUUGAAUCAUGAAGCCCCACCGUCGGAAAUAUUCAGAAAUUCAUAUGCUGCAUUAUCAGCUCUCUAUUCAGCCACAAGGGGUCAGCGUUUAAAAAAAAAAAAAAAAAGAAGCACUCAACAUCUUAACACUUCUCUUCUAAAUUAUUGAAUUAUUCUAAAUUAAUACAAUUCACAAAGUGAGACUUUGGACAUACAUUUAUUUUGGAUCUAGAAAGCAUAGAUCAGCUCAAGAUAUAAGAGGCAAGGUCAAAGUAAUUUUUGUGUCUUGUUUUGUUUUUGUUUUUUUUGUUUCCCCCCCCCCCUCCCCCCCUAUUUCCUGAAGCAGUAUCAUCAACUAGUUUAGGUCACGCCUGAAAAACACAAAAUGGACAGCUUGUGUCAUUUCUUAGCUACUUUUAUUGGUUUGUUUUUGAAACAGGGGCUGGUUACCCCUGAAAGUCUUCUCUGAGGAGGAGGAGUGUGUAGCUGUGAUGAGCGUGAGCGGUAUACAGUUAGCGUCACCGUAUCACAUCCGUGGCCCAAACUCCAGAAUUCAAGCCUAGUCAGGGUUCUCAGCAGGACGUCAGCCGUUUCAGCACGUAGCAUCUGUUAGAAUUCGUUAACUACAAUGUAGCUCUCUGACUGGAUUUCUUUAUCUGCUUGCUGACUAGCCAGCGGGUUUACUAGAGGUGCUGAUUAGCAGGCUUGUGAACAAGCAGAAUUACGUAAUGAAGGCUGUUAUGUCAGUAAUAAAGGACGUGCUGUUAAAGGAACAACUGUUAGGCGGAGCUACUGUUACCACUAUAAUAACAGCACGUCCCGAAGUGUCUUAUUUCUCUUAUAACACAACAGUUUGCCAGCAGUUACAACUGUAUAUUUAUUUAAGUAAAGGCAUGCUGUACUUUGCGGAUCCCUGUGAAUGAGCUGUUACCAUAGAAACGGUAGUAUAAUAAUGUAUUAGAACAACCACAUUCAUUAUCAACCUGUGAUUUGUCUUGCAGCUGAACUGCCAGAGGUGCUGUUAUAGAUAAUUAAUCAACCCCUUUGACUAAUCAGGCUCAAGAAUUCAUCAGAUGGAUCUGCAUUCAAACCCAGUUGAAACGUAGCAUAUCAAUUUUUUUUAACUAUUAAAUACUUUAUUGGUUCUGUUUGCAUUUACAAAAGUGCAGUUCCUGCUCCUGAAGUCUGCAGUGAUGGAAAUGUUCAGCUGAUCCCUCAGGACUCCAAGGCGCCAUCAGUGUAACUCCAUUUGAGUCGAUGCAGGUUCGGAGCGGACGUUAAGGUGGCGCUGGAGAGGAGAAAUCAACAAGUAGUACUUGAACGCAGCCUGUGUUUGGAAUUUUGCUGGCUUUCUACCGCUCACUAGUGAUCAAGAUUGAGUCGUAAAAGUCGCAUAUCGUGUAUCUGUUGUGUCAUUUAAGCAAGUUGGUGUGUGUAUUCAAGUGUGCGAUUUGAUGUUUUUAGCGUAAGAUGAAGAUUACUAGGUACUUUCGGUAGGUCAAAAACGUGCUCGUUAGCUGAUAUCCACAUGCUGCAAAUCGACUGGUGUAUAUUUCUAAUUAACACAUAACUGUUUAUUAACGAGCUUUCAGAAAUCAUCGCCGCCGUUACCGAACCUCCUUCUCGCGGGGGUUCGGCCGCACACUGUUGUUGCAAUAGUUAAUUAUAUGUGUAAAAUACUUUUCAGAAAUAUUCAUAUCUGAGAGGUUUGUGAGAUUAGUUUGAGAUUUUAAAAGACUUUUCGCGCAAGAUCGGUUUCUAUCUAGCUGAAGCGCGAGUUCACCACAAAGAACUGUUCCGAUUUCAUUAGUUCUCACUAACUAAUAUGCAGUUAUACUUGAUAUAGACAAAUCAUUGUAUAUCCUGUCCAUAUUUACGUCACUAAAGUCAAACAUAAUAAUUAAAAACGUAAUGGCGGGGUCUUGUUAGAUAAGUGCAAUGUGACAAAAAAAGUAGUUUCUGAUAACUGAUGAAAUAGCAAUGGACUGUUCAACUCGACUAUACAUCAUACAGAAAUGCUAAUGAUAAAUGAAAGAUGAUUUUCAUGCUAGUAGCUAUAAUAAUUAAAAAACAUUAGUAAUAUUUUUCGAUAUUUUAAUAAUCAUUUCAGUGCUCCAUUCUUCGUACGUGGAUUACCGAGUUAGCCGGAUUGGAUUGUUGACGAUCUGCCCGUUCUUUAAAGCUCAGACCUUCCCUAGAGCUGCUUAUUCAACAUAAACAAGAUUGGAACGCACAUUUAGAAGCAUUAUGUAAAUACAGAAAAUAGUGUGUGUUAUAUAUGACUAAACAUAUCAUGCAAUUAUUAAAUCAAGGUCAUGUAACUGCUAUUCCGAGUCCUCAAAUUGAUUUCGUGUGCCCGUGGAUGUAUCGCGGUGGUCACCCCCAGGCAAAAUUGUAGGAUUGUGUAGGACUAUAGCUUGUAUAUUUGAUGUCCAUUCAAAGUGGAGAUUGAAAUACAGUUAAAUCCUUCAAACGGUUUCUUUAGAUGAGCUGAAAUAAGCCAAAAUAAAACCGGCACAACUUUAUUCAUUCGAGAACUCAUAAUGUAAAAAAAGCAUUUUGAUUUCAUGGCUUUGAUUUAAUAUCCUGUAGCCACAUUCUUACUAUAUUGUGGGCAAGAAAAAAUUCAUUGUCCUCUCCAGACUUCCGUACUAUUCCUAUUUGGCAAUCAUUGACACGUUGAUCAUGGUUUUGAUUUUCAAGUGCGUGUGAGGAAUGGAAUUAGCCCGUUCGGAAUUAAAACGAUUACUAAAUCUGCCAUUACGUCUUCUUGGAUUUGUUAAGCAACAUACGAAGAAUGGAGUCACCACACAGAGACAGAUUGUGUUUAAUCUGCUAUAGUGACAUUAUACAGUUAUAUCUGCUUUAGGUGACACGUAACAUGAAAAGAGAAACAGUCAAAACUAAACAGUUAUUGCAGAGUUGCACAUUGAAACAUAAAGAAAAAGCGACAGUUUCAGUUUUCAUCUUUAAACUAAAAGCUUCUUAAAGACGGCUCAUCUGUUUUCAUGACGUCGGUCAGUGGGUGUGGCUUUAUCUGUAGUAGAUUUUAAAAAAAAAUUUUUUUAUUUGAGGGCUCCAAUCUUUUCAACAGCUGGCCAUCUGAAGCACACUGUUUAAAAAUGCAAUACAGUUACGAAAACUUUACAAAAGGCGUAAAACUCCACUUUAACGCGUCUGCUGUCAGGAACCGCGGAGGGGAAACGGGUCAAACUCUAAACUCAAUCCACAGUUGUUUUUCUUCGCAAAGCAGAACACAACGAUCAACUUUUGUUCAAAGGUUUUUGCAUAUUUUAGGUGAAUUGCAAUAAUUUUUUUGUGUGUAUAGUUGAAGAGGUAUGGGGGGUGUUUAAAGUUUGCAAUAAAUGUACUCUGCUGUGUACAGUUACAUUUCUUUCUUUUUUUUUUUGUUUUUUGUUUUUUGUUUUUUUUUUUUUUAGUUUUACUUUAAAUUGUACUUGUUUCUAUUUUUUGUGUAACGAUUUCCAAAAGAACAAAAUUAUUUUAAAAAAAAAAAAGUAAAAGGAAAUCUUAGUAUUUUUUUAGGGUUAUUAUUUUUAUUUGGUCUUAAAAAUAUGGAGGAGACAGGACUUUAUUCUUAAAAUAAAACGGUGGAUUUGUGAUGAA